CUCCGGCUGAAGGAGGAGGAAAGAGAGAAAGAAGGGGAGGAAGGGGAGGGACGCUCCGGGCUGAUGGAGCCUGACAUGAGAUAGUAGCGCACGGCCCAUCUUCUCAGCCUCCUUCCUUCCUCGGACCCCGGACACGCAGCUGGCGCUCUCGCUGUUGCUGGAUGAUGUGACCGCUGAAAUGACAAAGCAGACUCGGAUGUACCACCAUAGAGCAAGACACGCUCCUCAUUUGCUUUAAACAACAACCAAAACAUAUUGUUGUUGUUGUUUUGUUUUGGUUUUUAUUCCUGGGAGUCGGCGUUGACGUGCAGCAACGGUGCAGUCAUGUGGCAGACCAUUCCCAUUUGCUGCGCCCUGUUUGCAUUGUAUGCCGCGGCACCGCCCGCACACAUCAACCGCCUGGCGCUGUUCCCUGACAAGAGCGCCUGGUGCGAAGCCAAGAACAUCACGCAGAUAGUCGGGCACACUGGAUGUCAGCCUCGCUCAAUUCAAAACAGAGCUUGCCUGGGCCAGUGUUUCAGCUACAGCGUUCCCAACACGUUCCCACAGUCAACGGAGUCUCUGGUGCACUGUGACUCCUGCAUGCCUGCCCAGACUCAGUGGGAAGUGGUGACUCUUGAGUGCCCAGGGAAUGAAGACACUCCUCGCGUGGACAAGCUAGUGGAGAGGAUCUUCCACUGCAGCUGCCAGUCCUGCGGCAAGGAAGGCGCCCAGGAAGGCGCCAUGAUGCAGCUGUAUCCGGCAGACAACAGCCUAGACCCCCCAUCGUUACUUGACACCAUGAGCGAGACUCACUCUCACCCGCCGGCCCAUUCGGACGCACACUCGAAGCCCGGCCACGCACACGCAAGCCAUCACCCUCUUCCACGCACGUCAGAUGUAGGGUAGCUUUGACCCAUCCUGCCGCUGUACUCCCCCCUCCCCGCCCCCCCACUUUGCAUUCUUGUUCAUGGGUAGUGUUGCAGAAGCACUUUGAAACUAUGGAUUCACUUUGUGUUAAAAGCUGCAAAUGCAUUGAUAUAUUUCUUGUAUCCAUUGUUCAUAGAUUGUCAUUAAACAGAAGAGAUUAUAGUUGCACUUCUUUUGUUUGCUGAUAAAAGAUGUUUGCAUUUGUUUAUCCAGACACAACCAUAAUCGGUUCAUGAACUGUGGUAUCUACCCUUUACCUGUAUCGGAUUCAAUAAAUUCUAUUGUUGCAAUA